AUGUUUUGUAAGCUUUCUCCCAUUUCGUCGUUCUUCCUUACGCUGAUAAAGUUUUCAGCACCGGCACUUGUUGCUGUGGGUGACGACUACGAAGACGUAAGGUUCAACAGUACGAUAUUUGGCAGUAGUCCAUACAUAGGGGCACCUUCGCUUGAGAUUGAUGAACAUUGGAAGGCUCUGAUCCACGAUGGUGCCAUUAGCAUCUCUUAUUCGGAACUUCUCAAAAUAGGGGCUUCCAACAAUUCAGUCCUGUUGCCGGCGGCACGUGGCGGAGGUUAUAUGGCUUGGUUGGAAGUAUAUCAUCAACUGCACUGUCUCCAUACAUUAUGGCAGAAUACAUGGCCAACUUAUUACAAUGCCACCCAAUUAGAGUCGGAAGAUAAGGAUUCAAUUUACAGAAAGCAUAUUGAUCACUGUGCAGACAAUUUGCGACAAAAGUUGAUGUGUGAUGCAGAUGUGGGUAUUAUUACAUACGAUUGGCUGGAGAAACAUAAAAGUCCAGUACCGAACUUUAACACAGUCCACAGGUGUAGAGAUCUGAAGAGAGUCUGGAGUUGGCAUGCAGAUCGCCGUGUGCUGAGAAGUGGGUCAGACGAAUUGGUGAAGAUGCCUAACUCUGUAGUCCUCGAUCAUCUACCAUGAACGCACAAGGAUUCACAUCAGUAUGUCAGUGCUAUUAGUAACAAGUGGUAGGAAUUAUGAUGUGGAGUUAGUUUAUGAAACAAAGAUAUGUAUUGUGGCAGGGCUAGCUCUUUUUGGUCCUUUUGGCGCUGACCGGCACGUGUGGUUGAGGAGGAGGCCAGCCCGGGAACGCUAGUCUUCCCUAGCACUAUACUCAACUGGGUCUAGUUUAUCAUGUGACGCUUCCCAUAUAUUGUGGUCGCGCACUCUUAGAAUAACAACAACUCUUCUCCCACUCUUAGUUUUUACAGUGAUAUGCUUUCGAAUGCUUUUUAUGAUGUUUUAAACCUAUUCUGCUACUGCGAAUAGUGGUCUGCUUCGCGCAGUGCCUACUUGUUGUUGUUUUGGUUGUUUUCGCGUACUGCUGGUUCAUGUUCUUACCCCCUCUACAGUAUAUUAUUUUUUGUCGUAUAGUGACAACUACAGAUUUGG